GCGCCCCAUCUUUUGCGCACGCUCCGUUCCGCAACGUCUUAUACGCAGAGGAGCCAGUGGUCUCCAGCCAGGAACACUGGUAAAUUCGUGGAAGCUAACGGCCGCGUGGCGUUGCCUGAGAUACUCUCCGUGAAACUGAUAAACGCAUUCCUGGCUCGUCGAAUGAGGUUUUAAGGUGAGAGAACGGUGCAACGUAACCGAAGAAUGCGAAAGAAAGCUUUCCAAAGGACCUCCUUCUAUUUAAUCUACCGGCACUAUGUGACAGACCAUGAAACUUAAACGCGUUAACGAAUUCGCGUAUCGCGCGGGCAUCGAAAUUGCAGAGGCGAACUCAUGGUUCACGUCCAUUCACCGUUGAUUAGACUCUGAAGCUUCAGUUUGAGUGUGUGUUGUAACUGUUCUUUGUGUAAAUCGACUUGGAACCCUGUUUGUAUACGAUAGAGCCGAACUAUGCAAGUUUCAAGGGCGACGCACAUGCGCGGAACCUCCCACCACGCGGGCGCCGAGCGAAUUACAGGAAACUGUUCGGCAGAGUGAUUGAACCGGAGGUAGAAGGGAGAGAGGAACGCACGGUGGAACAAUGCCGCAGGCACGUUGGUGGAACGCCGUUAUCGCAAGCAGUCGGCCUAGGACGUGGGAACAACUUGCUGCCUCUGCGGGGUCAGGGACGCCAGGAAGCAGACCAUCCGCACGUCUGACGGCUGCAGAGGCGGUAGUCCAGCGGCCGGCUGUCCGCCGUAUACUCUGUCGCGGCAUGGCGAGCGUCACACCUAGCAACAAGGUCCUCACCGAGGACACCGUCUUCACCAACCUUAGAAAAAUGGAAUAUGCGGUGCGCGGGCCCCUUUUGAUACGUGCCCUCGAAAUCGAGAAGGAAUUACAAAAGGGGGCUAAGAAACCAUUCAAGGAGGUGAUAAAAGCCAAUGUGGGAGAUGCACAUGCUAUGGGUCAACAACCAAUCACCUUCUUAAGGCAAGUUCUCACUCUGAGUGUGUCGCCAAAGUUACUUGACGACCCCAGCUAUCCGGAGGACGCGAAACAACGAGCCAGAAAUGUACUGUGUGGAUGUAAAGGGGGCAGUGUUGGGUCGUACUCUGAAUCAGCAGGAAUUGAGAUUAUUCGCAGGCAUGUGGCUGAGUACAUACAAGAUCGUGAUGGAGGAAUUCCCUGCAAUUAUGAAAACAUCAUCCUUUCAAAUGGUGCAUCAGAUGGAAUCAAAUCGGUGUUGAAAUUGUUCAAUGAAAGACUAGAUGGAAAGCCAUCUGGUGUGAUGAUUCCUAUUCCUCAGUAUCCGCUCUAUUCUGCUACUCUAGCGGAAUUCGGUUUGGCGUCCAUCGGCUACUAUUUAGAUGAGGACAAUAAAUGGGCUCUGGACCGUUCUGAAUUAGAUCGUGCAUUGAACGAGGCAAGAAGGAACUGCAAUCCUCGAGUUUUGGUGGUGAUAAACCCUGGUAACCCAACUGGUCAAGUCCUCACCCGCAGCAAUAUCGAGGAUAUCAUUCGGUUUGCCCACAAGAAUCGUUUGUUCUUGCUGGCCGAUGAGGUUUACCAGGAUAACGUCUACGACAGGGAUAGUGCCUUCCACUCAAUGAAGAAAGUUAUGACAGAGAUGGGUGAACCAUACUCAAAAAUGGAAUUAGCAUCUUUCAUGUCUGUAUCCAAAGGUUACAUGGGCGAGUGUGGAAUUCGUGGGGGGUACGCUGAAAUCAUCAAUAUGGAUCCCAAAGUUAUGGCAAUUUUAUUGAAGUCGAUUUCAGCCAUGUUGUGUCCCACUGUUCUUGGCCAAGUAGUAAUGGAUGUUGUUGUGAAUCCACCGAAACCAGGCGAGCCGUCUUACGAACUAUUUAAGAAGGAGAAAGAAGAGACUCUGCGCUCAUUGGCGGAGAGGUCGAAGUUGGUGGUCGAUACACUGAAUAGUAUCCCAGGUUUCAAGGUAAAUCCAGCCAUGGGAGCUAUGUACGUGUUUCCUCGAAUUGAUUUACCAAAAAAGGCCAUACAAGCGGCUGAAGCUGCAGGUCAGCAGCCUGACGUUUUCUAUGCCUUUAAACUGUUAGAAACUACUGGGAUAUGCGUAAUACCUGGCUCAGGUUUCGGGCAACGACCUGGAACGUUCCAUUUUAGGACAACAAUUUUGCCACAGAAGGAGAAAAUAAAGACGAUGCUGGAGAGUCUAAGACAGUUCCACCUUAAGUUCCUGGAAGAGUACAAAUAAUUAAACAAUUGUAAUGUCACUGCAUUUUAAUUGAUCCUCGAUGUGCCAGGAUAUGCUAUUUAAAUUUGUAUGAAAAUAGUAUUACGUUCAUGCAAAUAUAACGGAAGAUUAUUUAAAUUGAUGGGAGUUCUUUAAAUAACCAAGUUUGGAUGCUGGUAUUCCCACUUAUAUUGCACUUUCUACCUGAGAAUAACAAAAAAGACUUAAGAAGGAACUGGUAGAUCAGUAAUUGGCACAAAUUUUGGCACAAAAAGGGUUCUACAUGGAUUGUCUACACCGAUGAAAUUCACUAUUUGUUGAAUAUUUGUAAAUAGUAUGAAUUUAUAAUUGUGUUAAAAUACACGACGAGCUUUGUUUUAGUAUUAAAGAAUGUAUGAUGGAUGGUUGGAUAAUGAUGACUGUGCAAUAUUAUGAUACGUUUUUAUAAUAUUAAUAACGAGUUUAUAAAAUAAAAUCUACGAUGUCAGCUUGUAUUCGUCACUGCGACUGUCAAUAGGAAGAUCAGUUUUGAAGAUGUGAACGUCUGUACAUCGUUCAUAUUUCGAAAUUUUGAAACAUGUCAAAAGAAUUUAAAUGUUUGGAUUCUUUACGAAUCGUGUAACCGGAAGAAAAUUGUUACUUAUUCAAGCUUUAAUGUCCAUAUUUUUCCGAAAUCCUAUAUGUCAACUCUGCGCUCCGAAACAAUUAGGUUAGGUUGGCAGUCAAUUCCAACCUCUCAAUUUUUCCUUUACUUACAUAAUAAAACUUAGUCUUUUUUUUCAGACUUGAAAUGAAUAUUAUCUAUCAUAACGAACAGUUGAUGAAGAACACUGAUGAAAUAGACGAUAAUUUAACUUUGGUAUGAAAAAAAAAUGUAUGCUUAAUAUCAUUUAAAGUGAAAGUAGGGCACUAUAACUAAUUAGUUCAAUUCAGAUAGCGUAUAAUAGACUUACAGUGACUCGUAUGAUUAAUGGUUUUAAAGAUUGCAUUGGAGAUCUUGAUUGUACGAGGACCAUUUACGUUCAAAGAGACUUGCACAAGGCUUUUGCAAUUAUGUACCAUUAGAUUUACCCAGUGUUCAGUUGGAUAUGAUUCUAAACUCGAAGACAAUACUAUGAGAGAUUGUGUGUCAUGCUUCGUCAUAAAAGAUUGUCGCAAAUAAAAUUCAUUGUACGACGAGCAGAUAUUUGAGAGCCUUAAAUUAUUUUCUGAACCAAGACUAACAAACGAAUAAAGGAAUUAUUGUACUCAUA